AUUUAAUAUUUUGGUAGUGCGAGUUUUAGCGAGUUUUUGGAAUUUCUACAAUAAACGUUAAAAUUUCCCGAAACGAUGGUUGUUGCGUGUGCGGUGGUAACAUGUCGGAACCACAACAAAAACUGCGAUCUGAGCUUCUUCCAAUUCCCGCAGCUGGGCAAUGCGAGAAGCACCAGCGAGCAGGAACAGCUCAAAAAGAUGCGGCUGGCUAUGUGGCGGAAGGCAUCCGGCUACAGGAAAUCGAUGCACCCGAGCGUGCGGAUCUGUGGUCGACACUUUGUCAGCGGCCGACCGGCUAAACUCGACGAACCGGGCAGCAUCGAUUGGGUGCCGACGCUGCACUUGCCAGAGCAACCGCCCUCCAGGAGGCACGGGGCCGAUGCGGAAGUACUGGCAGCCGAGAAGGAGAAAGCGGAAAUAAUACUAGGACAACAAAAAACGAUUUGCAGCAUCAAAAAUUGCUCAAAUAACAAGUCACCCAGUAAGAAAACAAAAAUCUACUCUUUUCCUAAAUUGGACACCACUAAUUACGUGCGCCGCGUGUUGUCUGAGAAACGGCUUCUGCUCUGGUGCCAAAUGGUGAAUCGGCGCACUCAGUGGGAUAAGCUGUGUAGUCUACAUUUUGUCUCCGGAACCAUGGCGGAUUUGACAGAUGUGGAAAAUGUCGAUUGGAUUCCAACGGUCAACGUGAACAAGAAAGCCCGUUUCACGGAUCACGUCGCUUACUUCAAUCUGUACAAUUUAAUCUCCCUGGUCAAGGAAUCGGACUCGACCGGAAAGUGCGUAACAAUCGACACAUGUAACAAGCCCCAGCAAGAUGCAAGAUCUGUAGCAAACACUAUUAGUUCGACAGUGUCUAAACCGAAGAAGGAACCAGUACCCAUCGCACCGAGGUGCGAAGAACGUGCCUCUGGAGCCGACCUACAGAUACCCAUCGCACCGAAGAUUUCCGUGCGGAUGAGAUGCAUCCUGUGUCUGGCAUCCACAGCGUUAAGGCCGUUGAACGAGGAUCACAGGAAAGCCAUUGAUUUGCUCUUCAAAAACAAACUUCAAGUUGAUAGCAAGUUAAUCUGUACCACGUGCAGUAAGGCCGUGUUAGAUUUUUUCAUAUUCUACAACAAAGUUCUCGACAGUCAGCAGAAGGCCAAACUUGGAAAGGGGAAGUCCGUCGUAAAAGUUGACCAGGUCAGGCCGCUAAAACGAGUUUCUCCAGCAGAUGGUGAGCAAGCAUCGGUGGCACCGGAAGCAAAGAAACCCCGAUCGACCAAUGAGAAUGCAACGGUGAUGCACAAAUUUCAAUGUAAAAUUUGUUAUGUGACGUUUACCUCAGAAAAGGGGCUUACCGACCAUCUAUGUUCGGCACAUAAGGUGAAAAUCAGCUGCAAACUCUGCAAGAAUAGUUUUUCUCCCGACGAUUUUAAAGACCACAAAGCGGAUUGUUUUGCUCAAAACAAAGCGCAGCGGAAACCCCAGAGAGCUACCGCAGUACCAGCUACGGCUACCACCCCAAGUGCGGCGUCGAAACCCAAGGUCAAACCGACGGUACCGACCGUAAUCGUUGUGCCAAAACCUAACGAGAAGCAUUCUUGCUAUAUUUGUAAAGAAUUUUACACUCCAAGUGAAAUGACCGCGCAUGUGAAAACGCAUAUCAACACAGUGCCUAAGCACGACCCGAUAAAGGACUUUGUAACAUGCAAGCAGUGCAACAAGGCCUUCCGAAAGCAGAACAUGAGCCGACACUUGGAAUCGCACGAACGCCAUCGCAACCAAAUGGGUCAACUUAUCACGGAGGACGAAAGCAAAGAACAAACCGUGUGCGACAAAUGCGGCAAACUGAUUGGCAGAUUUGGACUCGAAGCCCAUCGGGCGACAACCUGCGGAGACGUUGAAGUGUCGUCAUGUGAUUCACACUUGAUAAAGGGUCACGUUAACAAGGUGCACUGGAUGGUGCUGGUAAAGUGCCGUUUCUGCCCGAAUGAGUACACUAGCAAAGAUCUCGCCACGAACCACGAGAGGCGGUCCCAUCGGGAGGCAUGGGAAGAAAAGAACCGUGAGGGUGUCAAACGAUUUGAUCUGGACCGGGACCAGUCGGAUGCAAUGCUCAGUAUUCAAACAAAUACAAACGAAGAGCAAGACUCGGAAACGUGUCCGGUCGGUUUUAAUGUGCACGGCGCAAAGUCGCACAUCGAAGCGCAUGUACGAAAAUCCCAUUCUUCCGAUUAUCUAUCGAUAGCGAUGAGUGACAGCAUCGUCAGCUGCGGCGAGGACGUUGUGGAAGAUUUUAGCGCUGCGGAAGACUUCGACGCUGCACAGUACAUUAGCACGGUACUGGGUUCGAGUACACCUGAGGCGGAUGCAAUAUAAGGUAUAAUUCGUUAUAUAUUUUUUUAGGAAAAAUGCAAAAUAAGUGUACAUAAUUAAUGAAAUGGUUCCGUGAGCAUUUCUUAGAAGUUGUGAAAUCCAUGAAGAGAUUGUACUUAGUGGCCAUUCCAAAAUCAUGCUGACCACUUUGGUCAUCUUA